CGUCAGGGCAGGAAGUGUUUGAGGAAGUGGCGCUGGGGCUAGCUGCGUGGGGACCCCAAGUUUUCAUGUCCUCAGCGGGUGUCGCUGGCGGCCCCGAGGCCCCUGGGGCAGAGUUUGCAGGGCAUAGAUAUGAGCUGGUCACCUUCCCUCCCAACCCAGACAUGUGGGGCCUGGGAGAUGAAAGAACGACUCGGGACCGGGGGAUUUGGAAACGUCAUCCGGUGGCACAAUCAGGUGACAGGUGAACAGAUUGCUAUCAAGCAGUGCCGACAGGAGCUCAGCCCAAAGAACAGAGAUCGCUGGUGCCUAGAGAUCCAGAUCAUGAGAAGACUGAACCAUCCCAAUGUGGUGGCUGCCCGGGAAGUCCCGGAGGGGAUGCAGAACUUGGCCCCCAAUGAUUUGCCUCUACUGGCUAUGGAGUACUGCCAAGGAGGAGAUCUCCGACGAUACUUGAACCAGUUCGAAAACUGCUGUGGCCUGCGGGAAGGAGCCAUUCUUACCCUGCUGAGUGACAUUGCAUCGGCGCUUAGGUACCUUCACGAAAACAGAAUCAUCCAUCGUGACCUGAAGCCAGAAAACAUCGUCCUGCAGCAAGGAGAGCAAAGAUUAAUACACAAAAUUAUUGAUCUAGGAUAUGCCAAGGAACUGGAUCAGGGCAGUCUGUGCACGUCAUUUGUGGGGACCCUGCAGUACCUGGCUCCGGAGCUGCUGGAGCAGCAGAAGUACACUGUGACCGUUGACUACUGGAGCUUCGGCACCCUCGCCUUUGAGUGCAUCACCGGCUUCCGGCCCUUCCUCCCUAACUGGCAGCCUGUGCAGUGGCAUUCCAAAGUCCGGCAAAAGAGUGAAGUGGACAUUGUUGUUAGUGAAGACCUGAAUGGAGCAGUGAAGUUUUCAAGUUCGUUACCCUUCCCCAACAAUCUUAACAGGGUCCUGGCUGAGCGCCUGGAGAAGUGGCUGCAGCUGAUGCUCACGUGGCAUGCUCGACAAAGGGGCACGGAUCCCCAGUACGGUCCCAAUGGCUGUUUCAGAGCCCUGGAUGACAUCUUGAACUUGAAGCUGGUUCACAUCCUGAACAUGGUCACAGGCACCAUUCACACAUACCCUGUGACAGAGGAUGAGAGUCUGCAGAGCUUAAAGACCAGAAUCCGGGAAGACACUGGAAUCCUAGAGAAAGACCAGGAGCUGCUGCAAGAGGCAGGGCUGGUGCUGCUUCCUGACAAGCCUGCUACCCAGUGUAUCUCAGACAGCAAGCCAAAUGAGGGCCUCACGUUGGACAUGGAUCUUGUUUUUCUCUUUGACAACAGUAAAAUCACCUAUGAGACUCAAAUCGCCCCCCGAUCCCAUCCUGAAAGUGUGAGCUGUAUCCUUCAGGAGCCCAAGCGGAACCUCUCCUUCUUCCAGCUGAGGAAAGUGUGGGGCCAAGUCUGGCACAGCAUCCAAAUGCUGAAGGAAGACUGCAACCGGCUGCAGCAGGGACAACGAGCUGCCAUGAUGAAUCUCCUUCGGAAUAACAGCUGCCUCUCCAAGAUGAAGAACGCCAUGGCCUCUAUGGCACAGCAGCUCAAGGCCAAGUUGGAUUUCUUUAAAACCAGCAUCCAGAUUGACCUGGAGAAAUACAGAGAGCAGACAGAGUUUGGGAUCACAUCUGAUAAGCUGCUGCUGGCCUGGCGGGAGAUGGAGCAGGCUGUGGAGCUGUGUGGGCGGGAGGACGACGUGAAGAAUCUAGUAGAGCGGAUGAUGGCCCUGCAGACUGACAUUGUGGACUUGCAGAGGAGCCCGAUGGGUCGGAAGCAGGGGGGUACUCUGGAUGACCUAGAGGAGCAAGCCAGGGAGCUCUAUAGAAGACUACGAGAGAAGCCAAGAGACCAAAGGACAGAAGGCGAUAGUCAGGAAAUGGUACGACUGCUGCUUCAGGCAAUCCAAAGCUUCGAGAAGAAAGUGCGGAUGAUUUAUAUCCAGCUCAGUAAAACCGUGGUUUGUAAGCAGAAGGCACUGGAGUUGCUGCCCAUGGUGGAAGAGGUGGUGAGCCUCAUGAACGAGGAUGAGAGGACUGUGGUCCGGCUUCAGGAGAAGCGGCAGAGGGAGCUCUGGAAUCUCCUAAAGAUCGCCUGCAGCAAAGUCCGAGGUCCAGUGAGUGGAAGCCCAGAUAGCAUGAAUGUGUCUCGGCUUAGUCACCCUGGUCAGCUAAUGUCCCAGCCUUCCAGUGCCUGUGACAGCUUACCUGAAUCGGCCAAGAAAAGUGAAGAACUGGUGGCUGAAGCCCACGCCCUCUGCACCCGGCUAGAAAGCGCGCUACAAGACACCGUGAGGGAGCAAGACAGAAGCUUCACGACUCUAGAUUGGAGCUGGUUACAGAUGGAGGAUGAAGAAAGGGGUAGCUUGGAGCAGGCCUGUGACUGAGGCUCCUAUGGACUGGCCCGUGACUCUGGAUGUGACGAUGGUCUGGUGUCUGCAGCACCCAGAUGGAAAUCUCACUCGCCCAGCAGCUGUGAUGUCUGUCCUCAGCGGCUACACACUGGACGCCCUCUACCACAGAAGCACAAGAGCACCAGUUACGGGCACUCAUGGCAGCAGCAACGCUUCGUAGCUGUUUCCUCCGCUGUAAGAAGAAAGUGCCCAAUAGUUUGCCACACAGAGCAUGGGACAGAUGUCUACCUUGUUUUCCAGACAGCAGCCAACCUGUCCCCUUUGGACGGCUGGUGAGAGGGAGACCUGCCUUGCCCCUCCCUCCUCACCCUACAGCUGGGGCUUCAUCUGGAUCCAGCUCUCUUAGCCAUUUAAUUAUAUGUUUGAUGACCUU